AAAACCAUCGGCCUCUUCGCCGGGCCCCAAAGAAAAACAAUCUUUUAUCCCUUCUUCUUCCCUCUGAUUUGUCCGCAAUAUCGACCUCCGUAGCGACGUUCUGAAUCUCUCUUCGAUGAAAUCCGGUUGCCCAGUUCGUGCAUUUCGAAUUCGGGGCCAAGCUCUCACCAACGACGCCCGACGGGUUUCGAUUUCGAUUGGAUCGCAGGAUUUUCGCCGAUUCGAGAUUGGUGAACGAGCUGCUGCUUUGCUAUUGCCGAGAUGUCGUCGUUUGAUGAAGUUCUGAAGGCCGUUUUUCCUUUUCUGGAUGGCACGGACCUGGCUUCUUGUAUGGUUGUGUGUAAGCAAUGGAGAGAGAUAGCCAAAGAUGAUUACUUUUGGAAGUGCCUAUGUGCCAGAAGAUGGCCUUCGAUUUGCAAACGACCGAACUCGUUUCGGGUAACCUAUUACAAACUAUAUCAAACAUUCCACAGACGCCAGCAACGGCAAGCGCUCCUUCCCCCGCGGCUUUGCUUCGAGGACUUGGAAUUCUUUAUCGACAUGUGGACUGAGGAUAAUUUGAUCUUCUCAGAAGUGGUCCCAGGCCCUAUUCUUGAGGCCGGAAUAAAGAACCUACCUCCCGGAGUGAGUGAAGGGAUUAGGCUUCACCUAGACUGUCCUCAGUACAAGAUGACGCUACCUGUAGAACCAAGAUUCACUGUGGCUUUCAGCCAAAACCUGACUGUGUCGGUGCUCGCAAGACGCAAGGAUUCUGACAGAGUUGCUUGCAUCAUCAAUAACUCGGAUUUUGGCUAUACAGAUCGAACAUCAAAUAGGUUCAUGGCAUAUGAAUACCUCGACUUUUCUCCUCUCUAUCCUUUCAUUUCUAAUACUCGAGCAUGGAUUUCCUUGCUCUUUAUGGACAAGGAUCAAAAUGAGGGUGUAAUUGAUGUUUUUGGUAUCGAAGUGGACUUCUGUGAUGCGGCAAACUCCAAGGAAGAGGUACUCUGGCUCCUAGACAUGCUUGAUUGGAAAUAAGGGACCGGUGCAUUGAAAGCAGAAUAGCGGCUGUAACUUGUUCAUUAAUAUGUAUUUCUCUGUAUGUCAGCUAUUCCUUAGCGGCUGCAACUGGUACUGAGUACGAGGAAUAUCUACAGGAUUUGCCUUCUGUCAAUACUACAAUUAGCUGGACUGAUGUGGAGUUCAUGUCAGCUGUUGUACAUAGUCUCUGUCCAAUUUCAAUAAAAAUGUGCAUUCGUCAAUGACAAUGUCCGAAUUUUGUUGCUUCUUUACUAUUUGGUCUGGCACUGAAAAAGCCAGAGAAUAUGAAUGAUUUAUGUCUUUCGUGUUAACAUUUCAAACGUGAACAUUUUACACUA